CGUGCUAGUUAGUGCCAGGGACACAGCAGUGGCGGGCGGUGACCCCAAGUCUGGAUAUUGGGGGUUCUGUCUUAUACAGGCGCCUAUUCCCCCCCCAGCCCAGCCCCAUGGCGUGGGGGCUGCUCCUGGCGCUCUGCGGGGCGCUCCUGGCUCCAGCCGCGGCGGGCGGGCACCACAGCCUGGCCGUGCUAGUCACAGCCGUCACCCAGGAAGAUGGGACCUAUCACUUCAUCAUGAUCGCCCGGCUGGAUGAUGUUAAGAUCGCGUACUACAGAAGCAGGUCAGAGCCACCCAGGCAUGGGCAGAACAGGCCUUGGGCAAUGAGUAUCUCCAGGAAAAGACCAGGGAGUUCUGGGGGCAUGAGGAGGGCGCUAAAAGCGAUACCAAGUGGUAGAUGCAGCUGCACAACCAGACGGGCGGGAUUCACACUGAUCAGGUUCACGUGGGCUGUGCCCUGAGCGACCAGGCCCCCAUGGACCCGAGGUUCCAGUACACCUACGACGGGGGGGACUUUAUCAGCUUUGACAACCAGACAGGGACGUGGGUUGCGGCCGUGCAGCCGGCCUUCCUCCAGAAGCAGCUGUGGGAGGCGCAAAAGUUCUGGACUCAGUAUGUCCGGAGGUACCUGCAGUACGAGUGCCUGGAGACCCUGCGGAGCUUGGUGCAGCAUGGAAGAGCGGUCCUGGAGCAGCAGGCACCUCCCAUGGUCUCAGUUUCCCGCAGAGACGACCCAGACAGCUCUGUCACCCUCUCCUGCCACGCCAGGGGCUUUUACCCGCGUCCCAUCCACGUCUCCUGGGUACGGGAUGGAGAAGACAUCCUGGCGGAGAAGUACUCGAGCGGGAUUCUGCCCAACGACAUUCACUCAUACUACAUGCAGUCAGCCCUGGAGAUCUCCCCACAGCAGGAGGACGGGCACCGCUAUGCCUGUCGAGUGGAGCACAGCAGCCUGCCGGAGCCCGUGCUUGUCUGGGCCCCUGGGAAGAAGGGCGCCCUGCACCCCAGGGUCCUGGCCGCCAUUAUCCUGGCCUUGCUGGUUCUGGCUGGAGCCGUAGGGGCUGGCAUCAUCCUGUGGAGGAGAAGAUCAGCAGGGCCCCACAAACCCGCUUAUGCUCCAGCAGCCACAGGGAUAGCAGAAAAUUCUGCCUCCUGCGCUUCAUCAGGAACAGAUCCCCGGGGUAUGGGACCCCAGGGCUUGUCACCCUCCCCGUGCAACACAAGAGCCAUGGCCUGGGGGCUGCUGCUGGCACUCUGUGGGCUCCUGGCACCAGCUGCGUCUGGCGGACAUCACAGCCUGGCUGUGCUAGUCACAGCCAUCAUCAACAAAGAUGGGACCCAUCACUUCAUCAUGAUCGCCCGGCUGGAUGACAUUAAGAUCGCGUACUACAGAAGCGACACGCGAGAGGUCAGACCCACUCAGGAGUGGGUGGCACAGACCCUGGGCGCUGAGUAUCUCCAGGAAAAGACCCAGCAGUUCUGGAGGCACGAGGAGGGCUCUAAAGUUGAGACCAGGAGGUAGAUGCAGCUGUACAACCAGACGGGUGGGGUUCACACUGAGCAGGUUCACGUGGGCUGUGCACUGAGUGACCAGGCCCCCAUGGACCCGAAAUUCCAGUUCGCCUACAACGGGAGGGACUUCAUCAGCUUUGACAACCAGACGGGGACGUGGGUUGCGGCUGUGCAGCCGGCCUUCGCCCCAAAGCAGCAUUGGGAGACGGCGGGCAAGGCUUGGACCAAGUUUGUCCAGCAGUACCUGCAGUCCGAGUGCCUGGGGACCCUGCAGAGCCUGGUGCUGCAGGGGCGGGCGGUGCUGGAGCAGCAGGUGUCCCCUCAGGUCUCAGUUUCCCGCAGAGACACUCCCGACAGCUCCGUCACCCUCUCCUGCCGCGCCAGGGGCUUUCACCCGCGUCCCAUCCACGUCUCCUGGGUGCGGGACAGAGAAGACAUCCUGGCAGAGACCGACUCCAGUGGGAUCCUACCCAACGCCGACAGCACCUACUACAGGCAGUCGUCCCUGGAGAUCUCCCCGCAGCAGCAGGACGGGCACCGCUACGCCUGCCGGGUGGAGCACAGCAGCCUGGGGGAGCCCACAGUCGUCUGGGCUCCUGGGAAGAAGGGCUCCCUGCCCUCUGGGGUCCUGGCCACCAUCGUCCUGGCCACGCUGGUUCUGGCUGGAGCCGUAGGGGCCGGCGUUGUCCUGUGGAGGAGAAAAUCAGCAGGCCCCAUGAAACCUGGCUACACUCCAGCAGCCACAAAGAGCGGGGAAGAUUCUGCCUCCAGCUCUUCAGCGGGAACAGACCCCCAGAGCGUGGGACCCCGGAGCUAGGGGCAGUGACCCUGCCCAGCUGCUGGCUGGGCGAUCUCUGUCCUCUGACUCCCCC